CUUUUUUUUUUUUAUUACAACCUUUGGGUAACAGGGCUGUACCAAGGUUAUUUCUAAUUUCCUCCAAUAUGUUUGGGUGGAAAUAACCAUAAACCUUCUUUUCCAACGCACACUUCGACCACGAUGGGGCUCGAACGACGAGCCUACAACCCUAAGGAAUUUUUAUUCGAUCCCGCCCUUUUGAAGGACCUUGACUGGGCUUCGGUCAGGGGCUACUUGUCCCCUUUUAUCACCAAUGAAGCCCCCGGAGAGGGCUGGCUUUGGGUCCGUCCCUUGCAAAUUGAGGAUUUUGACAAGGGAUAUUUGCAAAUUUUGGCCCAAUUGACCUCAGUGGGAAACGUGAGCCGACUUGAUUUUGAACGCCAAUAUUGGAAGAUGCAGCAGUCUGGUGGUUACUACAUCACGGUAAUUGAAGACACUCGGAGUAAAAAAAUCAUCGGGGCGGCCACUUUAGUUACUGAGUUUAAGUUUAUCCACAAUUGUGCCCUUCGGGCCCGAUUGGAGGACGUAGUUGUGAAUAAUACCUACAGAGGGAAGCAGUUGGGCAAAUUGAUUGUGCUAACUGUGAGUCUUUUGGCGAAGAAGUUGGGUUGUUAUAAAAUGUCACUGGAUUGUAAAGACCCGCUUAUUCCGUUCUAUAAAUCGAUUGGAUACAAGCUAGAGCCUGGAAAUGCCAAUUCGAUGAUCGUCCGUUAUGAAGUUGAUAAUCCCUCCUGACAAUUAGCCGCCAGUGCUGCCAAAGCUAAGUUGUAGUGUGGUGGCACUGGCGCUUCGGAAUUUUUGGUUGUGGUACCACUGUACUUAAUAAAGUGUUUGAAUAAAUUGUUUGUUUUUGGGGGGAAUAAAGUGAUUGUGUUAUCCACGGUUUA